AGAAAGAGAAAGAAAAAGAGGGAGGGAGAGGGAGAGAAGAGGAACAGUGGUUCCCUCCUUCUUUUUCAUUCACUUCCUCUCUGCACUGAGGAGACCUCACUGCUCAGCCUGCACUCGCCUACACUUUUGAUGCUGGCUGCAAGAUUUUGAUAUCUGUCAAACAAGGACCAAAACAGAUCACAUGCAGUCUCAGCAACGUGCAGAAGUUGUUGGCGAUCCAAAUGGCUCCCGCAUUAUCUUCUCCAAGGAGCCUGGAGGUUCCUCUGGUCAGCAGAUUGUAACUUCCCCAGAGCUGACCCAUGAGGUGAUCAUCUCCCCUGGACUCCCUACGCCUCCUCUGAGCCCCUUUUGCUCUGCAGGGCUGCCAUUAGGAGAGUUCAAGGUUUCAGAAGUGAAUGGAAGUGGACCAACAGGUCUCAGCUUUGGAUCUUACUAUGGUCCCUCACAAUCGCAUGGUGGCCUGUCCAAUGGCGUCCAGAGCUCUGCCACUUUACCACGCAGCUGGGCUCCCACCAGGGAGGAGAGGCUUAUCAAGUUCUCAGGAAUCGGUCCAGUGGAUGAAACUGGGAUGCCCAUUGCCUCCAGAUCAAGUGUGAACAAGCCCAGAGACUGGUACAAAAGCAUGUUCAGACAGAUUCACAAGAAGCCAGAGGAACCUGAGCUGGAGGAUUCAGAGCGGUGGUCAGCCGAACGGCUCCAGUUAUCUGCCAACACAGAAGAAAGCAAUGAAGCUGACAAGAAUCUCUUCAGACUAACACCUUAUGGAGCUCUACCAGACUGGAGUGAGGAUGUAGAUAAGCUGUCAGACCCGGGAAAGCAGCACCCUCAGCCGAAGAGCAUAUUCGACUUUGAGCCUGGAAGGAGCACUGCCUCAGAAAGCCACAGCCAGGCUCAUCUAUCCCUGAAGAAACAGCCUGAGAAACCAAAGUCCCCUUCUAUUGAAGCCAGUCUGGUCUCUGAGCUGAGUCGAUUUGAGGCUGAGCUGGACUCGGAGAUCCAGGGCCUGGAGAGGAGGCUUUCCCAGAAGAAGCAGCAUCGAGGCCGGGGUGAGGAGGCCAGAAACAGGGAUCCGGUACCUGCUCCAAAGACUGGGACUACAAACUACAGCAAUUCAUCAGCCUCAAAGCAGCCUGUCCAUCGCUCUGUUGGCACAUCAACCUCUGCUCCCACAUAUGUAGAACGUCUCUCUCCUGCAAAUGAAACCAUGGAGCUGCCACCUAAGAAAGAGGAGAAAAAGAUGAAAGCAGCACGAGCCAAGUUCAAUUUCCAGGCUCAGUCACCCAAGGAGCUCAUGCUGCAGAAAGGCGACAUUGUUUACAUCCACAGGCAGGUAGAUGCCAACUGGUUUGAAGGAGAACAUCAUGGGAGAGCUGGCAUUUUCCCCACAUCUUAUGUGGAGAUUCUGCCUCCGACAGAGAAGCCGACUCCUAUAAGGUCUCCCACUUUACAGGUGUUGGACUAUGGGGAAGCUGUGGCUCUGUUUAACUUCAAUGCUGACCUACCUGUUGAACUUUCUUUUCGUAAAGGUGAGGUGAUAGAUAUAACCCGACGUGUUGACGAUAAGUGGUUAGAGGGGAGGAUCUCAGGGACCAACCGGAGCGGCAUCUUCCCAGCCAAUUAUGUCCAGGUCAACAAGAUGCCCCGCACCAAAUACUCCACAGAUGACUACUCACCUGGCCCAAUGUCUCCUGUCUCCCCUGGACCCCCGAGUCCAGGACGUCCACUCCACUCACCCUGCCCGCGGUCACCGUUAUCCCCUUUCACCCCUACUUCCCUCAGCCCCAAACCAGAGCACUCCCCCCUGAAGCCGUCGUCACCCGUACCUUACGGCAGCCCAGUUUCACAGUCACGCUCCCCCACCCAGACACCCGUAUCCAAAGAAAUGGCUAAUCGGUGGCCCCACAGUACCUCCAAAACUGCUUCACCUACCAACCAGAACAGCCACUGGCCUGGGACACCCUCAGCUAACCAGAGCUCCAUGGCUAGAGCUGUUUCACCUCCCACUCAGCCAUCAGCAUCUGUACACAGAGCAGGAGCUACCACAGCGCACACUCCCAGAUACACUGACCCCUCACAGGGUGCAAUACCAAACCAGGCUGCGCCGUCUAAUCGACAUGUUAACUCCCUGCCGCACACGCAAGUGCCAAACAACCCUGGUUCAUCAGUGGGGCAACGCCAACCAUACAAAGCUGUUUACAACUACAAGCCACAGAAUUCAGAUGAGUUGGAGCUCAGAGAAGGAGACAUUGUGCAAGUGAUGGAGAAAUGUGAUGAUGGCUGGUUUGUAGGUACGUCAGAACGGACUCGUGCUUUUGGGACUUUUCCGGGGAAUUACGUGGCACCGGUUUGACCUCCCCACUUGCUGCUUGCCCACAUCCACCUGGAGCCGAACCAAUCACUUACACUCACUCCAACAGAUCCUGCUUUGACACCCCAGCGUUUCUUCAUCCCAAUUACCCAACCACACUCCUACAUCUGGUUUAGUCAGACCUGCAUGAUCUCUCUGUUUCCUAGAACAGAGGUGAAGGCAGGGACAUAUCUCACCUCACCUCCCUGCAUGAGUGCAUGCCUCUCUCUCUCUCUCUCUCUCUCUGAGUGUGUGUGUGUUCCACUGAGACAUGGAGUGUUUUCAAACACACCACUUGAGAGGAAAUAAUGAAUGCUGAUGAUACUGUUUCAGAUGCAAAGAAUGGACUUUUUUGUUCCACAACCAUUUGCAGCUGCAGGAAAUUUGCAUUCCUUCCCACUGAAUAACACUGUUCCCUCUGAGGUCCUGAUACAGUAUGAUGUUGCAUUCAGCUCUUUGUCACCACAGUGCCAUCACAAACCACUGCAAAGAAUUUUUUGAAUUGGGGUGGCACAUUUUUUCUGGCAUUUCAGUUGAUUAAUGUUUCCCCUCAAAUAUCUUCCUCAGAUUUUCUUUCAGAUCUCUGAAAAUACCCUGGGCAAGUUUGAGGAAACAACACCAAACAUCUGUAGACAUGUGUCUUUUUUUCACAAGAGUUUCAUGUCUUAAAGUGAAGUGCAGUAAGGGCUCGGACAAGUCAAGAUACGUUUACAGCCCUUCACUUGGCUAUGCAGAAGAGCAAAUAUAAUUAUUGCAUGUACUGGUCUUUUAAGCAAGUUAUUCAUUUGAGAAUAUUUGGCUUUUUUGGAUGAUCUUGAGUGGAUGAGAUAGAUUAUGUUCUGUUCUGUAAUAGAAGUUGCUUUACUCUGAAAUUAAAUGUUGAACCUCUGUAAGUCGUAAAAGAUCAGCUCCAAGUUAAAUCUAGACAAUUCCUCCACAGCAAAUGGUUUAAUGAUCUUUUGAAGUUAAUGCUGUACGUGCCAAAUCUAACCUUUCGUGUUCCUCUUUUAAAUUCUCCACUGAACAAUACCAGCUGACUUUAUUUCUGCUACAUUUGCAUCUUUAAUGUUUUCUCUGCUUACGGGAUUAAAACUUUCACUUUGACAGUAUUUCCAAACCACUUACUGUAUGUUAUCAGUGCAGCCUUUGACAAAUGUGGCCUUUCUAAGCCUAAUUAGAAAUGCUUAUCAUGAAGUAAUUUUGCAGUUUUAUAUGAUAUAUUCAUGAUUUUACUGUAAAAAAGAAUCAUAUUUAGUAGCCACAGGAGAUGAUUGUACAGACUGUAACCUUUUAUCAAAUUGAAAGUAUAAUAUAUAUUUGCUUAUAAAACAAUGUAUCUUGUGUAUGGUACGCAAUUUUUUAAAAAGCAAUUAAACAUUACAGAGUGAUACUGAGA